AUGUUGAGAGUAAUCCCAGUCUGGAUUAAACUUCCUAAUCUACCUUUGAACUGUUGGGGGAGUGACUCACUUAGUAGAAUUGGCAGCCUGCUUGGUGUGCCUCUUUAUGCAGAUGAGUGUACAUCAAAGCAAAUGAGAAUCUCAUUUGCUCGAUUACUUGUGGAAAUUUAUGUUACCAAGGAUUUACCUAAAAGUGUUACCAUACAAGGCCCUGCAGGAAUUGCAAUAGUUCAGAAGGUGAUUUAUGAAUGGUUGCCUCCUUUUUGCACUAAAUGUAACCUUGUUGGCCAUGUGUGUGGAAAAGGCAAUGGCAGCAUGACUAGAUUCCAGCCUGCAAGACAGCAACAGAAGAAGAUUGUGCAAGUAUGGCAGCCAAAGAAAAUUGUGUCUCAGCCAGUUGAGGAAGAGAAUGAAACUGAAACAACUAUGGAGGGAGAGGUUACCAAUCUUGAUUCUAAUCAGCCUACCACUGCUGAUUCUGCUCCUGUAGAUGAAGGGUGGAGGGUGGUUACAAGGAGGAAUAGGGAACCUAGGAAUUCCCCAAGCAUAGUGGGGCUGGCUCAGGUUCAUGAAGAACUAGGGAUGAAUGAUCCCUCAAAAGUAGUAGAAAUAAAGAAAUUCUUAGGGAAUAAUAAUGUUAGUGUUGUUGCUUUAGUUGAGACAAAGAUUAAAUGUGCUAAUUCUGGGAAAAUUCAAAAAAAGUUUGGAAAUGGUUGGAGGUGGAUAAUGAACUACUCCAAUUCUCCAAGGGGGAGAAUCUGGGUUGGGUGGAAGCAUGAUAUGAUUACCUUUCAGCCCAUCUUCCAAUCAGACCAGUUGAUUCAUGGGUGUAUUUCAGCAAAAAAUGGGAAAUUUAGAACCACUUUUACUCCAGUGUAUGGCUUGCAUUCUAUUGAAACAAGGAAAACUUUGUGGAAUGAUUUAACUCAAUUGAGUUGA